AAGGAAACUAGAGUACAAAACCCAGCAAGUCUCCAGGGUGGUGUGUACCCUGAACAGAGCACUGCACACUGGAGGAACAAAGAGGAGGCAUCGGAAACUCUGCUCUCCUAUCUGUCUCGGGAUCAUAACUCUACGGCUUACUUUAAUGAAUAUACUGAAAUAUUCAAGAUGCAAAGCAGCAGUACUAGCAAUGCUGAAACUAACUGCAAUGUCACUAAUUUGACAUUUCAGUACACCCUCUAUGCAACCACCUACAUCCUCAUAUUCAUCCCUGGUCUUCUGGCCAACAGUGCAGCUUUGUGGGUUCUGUGCCGCUUCAUCAGCAAGAAAAACAAAGCCAUCAUUUUCAUGAUCAACCUCUCUGUGGCUGACCUUGCUCAUGUGCUCUCCUUACCCCUCCGGAUUUACUACUACAUCAGCCACCAGUGGCCUUUCCAGAGGACCCUUUGCCUGCUGUGCUUCUACCUGAAGUAUCUCAACAUGUAUGCCAGCAUUUGCUUCCUGACCUGCAUCAGCCUUCAGAGAUGCUUCUUUCUCCUCAAGCCCUUCAGGGCCAGAGCCUGGAAGCGUAGGUAUGAUGUGGGCAUCAGUGCUGCCAUCUGGGUUGUCGUGGGCACUGCUUGUUUGCCAUUUCCCAUCCUGAGAAGCACACAUUUAGCCAACAAAACUGAAUCCUGCUUUGCUGACCUUGGAUACAAGAGUAUGAAUGCAGUGACUUUGGUUGGAAUGGUUACAGUUGCUGAGCUGGCAGGAUUUGUGAUCCCAGUCGUCACCAUCGCAUGGUGCACCUGGAAAACUACCAUAUCCUUGAGACAGCCACCAAUAGCUUUCCAGGGCAUCAAUGAGAGGCAGAAAGCAUUGCGGAUGGUUUUCAUGUGUGCUGCAGUCUUCUUCAUAUGCUUUACUCCCUAUCAUAUCAACUUUAGUUUUUACACUAUGGUAAAGGAAGGAAUCAUUAGCAAUUGUUCCAUUGUAAAAAGCACACUGUAUUUUCACCCUUUUUGUCUAUGCCUUGCAAGUAUUUGCUGCCUUUUGGAUCCAAUUCUCUAUUAUUUCAUGGCCUCAGAGUUUCGUGACCAACUAUCCCGCCAUAGCAGCUCUGUGACCCGUUCCCGCCUCAUGAGCAGGGAGAGUGGUUCAUCAGUGAUUGGCUAAAAAUAAAAUACCUUUUCAAUUACGAAUUUGUUUAACUGUUUGUUUUUUCUCCCGCAAAGAUCAAAAGACCAGCCAAACAAUUUCUUUAAACGAACUUUGUGAACAGCAGGAAUAAAUGUCCUCUUGUAUAAUAGUUGUGGUUGUAGGGACGUGAUGGUGGAGCCAUAGUGUGAAAACUGUGGGAGAAGAAAGGAAAAUGGGAUUUGCCUGGGUCCUCUUUGAAAUUUAAGCCACUUUCUUAUUUAAGAGACCUACAUAAACUUUUUACAGAUGUUUUCAACCAAAUGCAAAUGGACUCUAAAACAAAAGACUCAGAGAACUGAUUUGUGGUUUCAGGAACCUGGAAGGGUAGGCAAAUGGUGAAAGGUGUCAAAAGGUAUACAUUUUCAGUUAUAAAAUAAAUAAGUAACGGGGAUGCAAUGUAGAGAAUAAUGACAAUAUUUAAUAAUACUGUACUGUAGAUUUGAAAGUU